AUGGUAACACGUGGCCAUGCCAUUAGCAACCUGUUUGGCUUCUGUGUGAGUUUCAUCUGCAACACCUACGUAGUCCUUGCUUGGAACAGCAGGAUAAAAAGCAGCCCUGGUGUUCACUCCUGUUCUGAUGAACACACCAAAAUACAGCAGAACAAAAGGCAAAGCCACACAGAAGAGGACCUAAGUCAGGUGCAGAAGCAGUUGACAUCUGGAGUCUCCAUUCUUUGGAAACAGCUAUUUUAA